AUAUCCUUAGCAACACUGCGCCAGAGGAAAUCAUGGGCGGAAAAUGCCCUCACAGGAAGGUGAAGAAGAGAAGGCUCUCUCACAAAUCUGCUCGCCGAACCAAGUUCCUCGUCAAAGGCGAUGAUGCGGUGUAUGAAGAGCUUCAGAAGCCAGAUGAGGAGAAGAAACCUUUGCCUGUCGAUGAAGAUCUCCCUGGGAUGGGUCAGUUCUAUUGUAUGCACUGCGAUCGAUACUUUUCAAGUGUCUCUGUAAGGGAUGAGCACUUCAAAACAAAACGUCACAAGAAACGGCUGAAACUGAUGAUGGGACCUGCACCACAUACCCAACUAGAUGCAGACUUAGCUGCUGGAAUGGGAAUGCCGGACAAUGGUCCAAAGCUGAUGUCGAUGUGAGCGACUUAAUUUUGGUUGUUUUGGAAUUUCAAGAUAUUUGGCCAUUGUAGUAUCCUUUUGUGCACUUUACAAUGCUUGAUAAUGGUCCUGUGAUGGUUCCUUGGAU